AUGCCGAUUCUAGCUGCCGAAGCACGGCAUCAUGGCUGGAACACAGAAGUCCGACCAGUGGAGGUGGGCUGCAGAGGCAGCAUUUUGAGUUUCCUUCUGUGGUUUUCCUCCAUCUGCCCCCCCUCUACCUCUCACCUUGCAGUAGCAGGCAUGGAGGUGAAGCCCAUCAACAAGCGUGCCUCUGGCCAGGCCUUCGAGGUGAUCCUGAAGCCCCCCUCCCCGAUGUCGGACGCAGCCCACUGCGUCACCUCGCCCCCUAAGAGGGAGGUCUCUCUGGAGGACAUCCUGAAGAAGCUGGAGGCCGCUGAGGACCGGAGGAGAUCCCAGGAGGCCCAGGUUCUCAGGGCCCUUGCAGAGAAGCGGGAGCACGAAAGGGACGUGCUGCUCAAGGCUAUGGAGGAGAACAGCAACUUCAGCAAGAUGGCAGAGGAGAAGCUGACCAUGAAGAUGGAGCAGAUCAAGGAGAACCGCCAGGCCUACCUGGCCUCCAUCAUGGAGCGCCUGCAGGAGAAGGAGAGGCAUGCCCAGGUGGUGCGCAGGAACAAAGAGCUCAGGGAAGAGCUGACAGCGUGAGCAGAUGAGGGGCGCCACCGACCAUCGUACCCCCCUACAGCCACCCUUCCCCCCCCGAGGGACCCCCAGAUCCCCCUACUACUACAGCCCCCACAGCAUCAGACGACCCCCCCUCCCUUGAGGGAGGAGGAUGACCAGCCCACACCAACAGCGUUAGCAGAUGGGGGGGAUCACAAACAAAUAUGAAAAUGUCUCCCACUCCUCCCUAUAAAAGAAUGUGUUUGCUCAAUUUCAAAUGAUGAAAAAGAAAGAAAAAGAGAAGCCAACCAAGUGAAAGUGGGUAUUGUUUUUUGUAAAUACUUCCUUUUUUGUUAUAUACAGUAUGAUAAUACAGCUAAAGUAUUGCAGUUUGCGAUUGGAUCAUUUUCUCUAUCUAUGGAUGUACAUUGUUGUUUAGUUUUUCUCGGAACAAAAAACGUUUGCAGUUUCUCUUGUACUAUCAGGCUUCUGUGUUGUUGUGAGUUUGCCAGCUAGCUGACGUGUGUUUGCGGUGGUUAUUUUCUGACCAUGUCUGUGUCUGUGUCUGUGUCGGUCAGUCAGUCAGUCAGUCAGUCAGUGUGGGGAUGAUUAGAAUGCAAGCUGCACAUUGACUCCUGGAAGAGAGACUAGCUAGACUUCAGGAGACUUAUUAUAGCAUUUAUGAGCCGAUUCUCUCCUGUCUGUCUGUCUGAUCCCCCACUCUCUUACAUACAUUCACACACAUGCAAGCUCGCGCACACACACACAUACUCUCAAACACACUUACACACACACACACAUUUUGAGAAAUUUGGCAAACAUGACAUGUCGAUCAAGAGGAGCUUGCUAAAUUCUGUCAGUUGGGCAUUGCAGAGGUCACAUGACAUCCCUGGCUCAUACCAUGAUGUCACAGAGGGGUGUUAUGAUCCUUCCUGGUUCCCAAGGCCCCCUGCGUCCCCUGUCAAUCACUCUCUCAGCAUGUAUGUACCAUCUUAGACAUGUAGAUGCUACAAACUCAUAUAGCRGCUAACAUAGAGGCAAUGGUAGAUCCAUAAGUUACAUCCAUGUCCUACAAGCUUAUGGACCCUCUCAUUUCUUUCACGUCGUACCAGAGAGGAACCAAUGCCAAAUGCUACUAGGAAGGUUUCACACUAUAUAUGGAGAAUCGUAGAAUAACUCUCUCACUAUGGAGAAUGAAUCAUUGUACCUUCUUCUUAGUAUUUAAACAGCUUUUAACUGGGUAAAGCAGACUUUGGCACACGAAGGGCAUAAACAGCUAAAGUAGGCAACAUGUAAGCCAAUCAACACAUAGACUUCAAAUAACAGCUAGAUGAUGUUAGAUGUGUUAACAUGACAAUGGAAGACAGUGGCCAUCUGCAAAGGGUGCAUGCAAGUGUAUACAGGUCAGGUGUGUGUGUGUGUGUGUGUGUGUGUGUGUGUGUGUGUGUGUGUGUGUGUGUGUGGAUUGUGUGUGCAUGUGUGCUGGGGAGCACAGGGAGCACAGCCAGGAAGUUGGAGCUGUAUAUCUGACCAUCGGUCACAUACUGAUGACAUCACAGCGUCCUGUCUGUGGUGAUGAAUCUGCCUGCCUCUCUCUCUUCCUGUUUGUGUGUUUCCCCCCCUCCACAUAUAUCUUUGUGAGCAACCUGUGGUUAAUAAAGGUUUGGGGUUCUGUGAAUGAUA